ACCAGAGACCACCAUUUCCCUUCACUUCAUUGUAUUUUUGUUGUGAUCUAUGGACACUCAUUAUUGUGGCUCACAAAAUUGUGUGGAUAAGAGAGAGAAGAAAGGUUCGCAUUUGGAGCAAAAGCUUAUUUGUGACGAGGAACAAGGGAAUUAUGGGUGGUUCUGUAGUGAUGAGGAGGCAGGUAUAGAUAGCAGGCAUGACAAAGAAUGGCGGGCUUUAGCUGGAGAGGGGACCACCUUCUUCAGAUCUUGCUUGAAUGGCCUCAAUACUAUAUGCGGAAUUGGAAUACUAUCAAUAUCAUAUGCACUAUCAGAAGCUGGGUGGGCAGGGCUAGCUCUACUCUUUCUAGUGGCCAUUGUCUGUUGUUACACUGGCAUUCUUCUUCAAAGAUGUAUGGACACAGACACGAAUAUCCAAACCUACCCAGACAUAGCAGACCGAGCGUUUGGCUAUUAUGGACAAGUGAUACUUUCAGUGUUUUUCUAUCUGGAACUCUAUCUGGUAGCAAUAGAAUUCUUGAUCUUGGAGGGAGAUAAUCUGGCAAAAUUAUUUCCCAGUUUGAGCUUUGAGGUGGCUGGGUGGACAAUCGAGAGAACCCAAGGGUUCAUAAUUCUUUCAGCACUAAUCAUAUUACCAACUGCUUUUCUGAGAAGCUUGGACCUGCUCGCUUAUGUUUCGGCCAGUGGAAUCUUGGCUUCAUUGGUUGUGAUUGCUUCUGUUACGUCGUCUGGCUUGGUAGAUGGAGUGGGAUUCCAUUCAAAGGGAAGGGCUCUCAAUCCAAGUGGAAUCCCUUCUGCCAUAAGCUUAUUUGCCUUCUGCUAUUGUGGGCAUGCUGUCUUUCCCACGAUAUGUUCUUCCAUGAAAGAUAGGACCAAAUUUUCUAAGGUCUUGAUUCUUUCUUUCACAAUCUCCACCUUGAUCUAUGGUUCAAUGGGGAUUCUUGGGUACUUGAUGUACGGAGAAGAAGUAAAAUCUCAGGUCACACUAAACCUCCCCAAUGGCAAACUCAGCUCCAAGAUAGCAAUUUACACCACUCUCAUAAAUCCAUUUACAAAAUAUGCAUUGGUAGUGACCCCAAUUGCAUCAGCUAUUGAAGAUGCCCUCCCUUCUACCAAGAGCAGCAGGUCAACAAACAUCUUUAUGAGAACCUUACUCAUGGCAAGCACAGUUACGGUGGCCCUCACAAUACCAUUAUUUGGGGAUUUAAUGACCUUAAUUGGAUCUUUUCUAAGCUGCACAGUUUCUUUGAUUUUCCCAUGCAUAUGUUACCUCAAGCUGUUUGGGAUCUCAAGGAUUUACAAACUGGAGCUGAUGUUUAUAUGUGGGAUUUUAGGUGUUGGUUCUUCAAUAGCCAUUUUGGGGAGCUAUUAUUCCUUACGACAAAUUGCUGAAAAUUUAUAGAGCCUCAGGUUCUUGAAGGCUUUUUGUUGUUUUUUUUUUUGUGAUUUGAGGAAAACUUUAGGUCUAAGAGUUUCUUAAUUGCCUGACUUGUGACCCAGUCCCCAUUUUGUAAGUGCUAGUCCGUCGGCAUACUAAUCCGCCGGCUACCGGCCCAUUUGACCCUAAUGAUAACCUCCCUUAUUUUUAUUUUUCUUUCUUUGGGUGUGUCAUGAACCCUAUUCUCCCUGGGAAAUAAAAAAUAAAAAAUUGUGUAAUUUAAAUCUGGUCAUGUGACUAUAAGAACAACUUGAAGUCCAUGCUCAUUCAU